CUCAGGAGCUCAGGAGAGACGCUAUGAGUCGGUCUGGGCCUCAGAGCUGAACGGGUACUCCUCCUGAACCUCUGAGAACUUCAUGCAUGGGAGCAGGUCGACGUUGGCCCAACUGAGACCUGCUGUCGCUGGAAGAGUAGACUUGGUGGAGGGGGGACGUCCGAGAGGUCUUUACAGGUCUUGCCCCGAGUGCCGAGCAUCAUUCGUGCAAGUAUGAAUCCCGUGUGGAAGGUGUACAAGAGCAAAGUGCUGAAGACGCUGAACCCGGAGUAUGAGGAGGAGGCUGCCGAGGAGGUCACACAGGUGGAGAAUGAAAUGAGUCCGGUGCAGGAGGAGGAGGGGCCUAACGCGGUCUCCCAACUGGCCAAGAGAAUGCAAGGGGCCGGGGCCAAAAGCUGGAACAGAUUCUCAACUCUGUUCAACAAAGAUGAUGAGCACCAGCUCCUGGAGGAGACCGAGAGCCCACCGGUCCCUGACCAUCCUCUUGCAGUGAGGCCCGAGGAGCCUCCUCGACCCUCCAGACGCUCAGGAUUCUGGGAUAGCUUUUCAGCCAACUGGGCCGCCAAGAAGCAGGCGGAGGCCGCAGCUGCAGCCGCCGCUGCCGCAAGCGAGGUGGUGGAAGGCCAAGGUGAGGCGGCGGAGGAGACAGAGGCAGGAGGGCAGGAGAACCUGGACGGGGAGAUCGCCGAGGGAGAGGAGAGCGAAGAAGGAGGAAGGAGCAACAACAGCUCCUCCAAAUACGCGUCGCUGGGAGGAGGCAGCGAGGACACCUCCUUCAAGUGGAACUUUGUCACCAGUAAGCUGGCAGAGCUGAAGACCAAGAGCAUGACCAAGACCAACUAG